AGACUCUUCUCUGAAACCCUAGAGUUAGUUGGUCCUACACCACGUCAACCAAUACAAAACACAAUGGCGACAGCUCGUGAGCACAAUGAUGCCGUGCGCGGCCCCAGUUUCGAAAAGGGAACCAGCACGACCGACCAUGCCGCAGGCACUAAUGGUGCUGGCAUGCCUAAGCAAAGGUCGCCUUAUGACUAUGGCGGCAACCCUCUUGCACAUGUUGCUACCAACGAUCCGGAACUUCGCCUUACCGCUUUUGGUGGUGAAUUCCAACCCGGUCUCUACAGGCCCCCGAACCGCAAGUUCGCCAACCCAGCACCCCUGGGUCUUUCGGCUUUCGCCCUGACCACCUUUGUUCUGUCUUUGAUCAACGUUAAAACCCGUGGUCUUCACAGCCCCAACAUUGUCGUAGCUCUUGCCUACGGUUAUGGUGGUCUCGUUCAGCUGUUGGCCGGCAUGUGGGAAAUGGCCGUCGGUAACACAUUUGGUGCUACUGCCCUUUCAUCAUACGGUGGUUUCUGGAUUGCUUUCGCCAUUGUCCUUACACCCGGUGGUUUUGAGAUUGAAACCGCCCUCGCUGAGACGGGUCAAUUCUACAACUCUUUCGGCCUGUUCCUGAUGGGAUGGUUCAUCUUCACCUUUAUCCUGCUUCUCUGCACCCUCCGAUCGACCGUGGCCUUCUUCUUCCUCUUCUUCACCCUGGACAUGGCCUUCCUCCUACUUGGAAUUGGCUACCUCCAGGCUGACGCUGCUGGUCCCCAGAGCGACUGCAUUGUUGCCGGUGGUGCUUUCGGUCUCAUGGCCGCUUUCGCCGCCUGGUAUAACGCGCUCGCUGGUCUCGCGGACAGCUCCAACAGCUUCUUCGUCAUUCCGGUUGCUCAUUUCCCCUGGUCUGAGAAGGGCCGUGAGCGACGCAACAAGGUUGACAACUCGGUUGCCCGCGCCGAGUCUGGCCACGCUGCCUAAAUCAGUGCAUCAAAUGUACAGAUGAUGCGAACGUGCUAUGUGAGAAUAUGGAAUAAAAUGCUGUCAUGUAUCGGCAUGAACAAUACCGAGAUAUACCAGGGAUGACACGCAUGUUGUUACCUACGGCCAUCGCUUACGCUUUUUUAAUACUGAUUUCGAAUACCCAAUCUAAACCGAUUUACCU